UCCCGCUCGCACAUCUGCAGCUGGAAUUGCAAUCUGAGCGCUGCCCGGGCCGGGACGGGGAGCGGGAGGAAGCCGGAGCGCGGGGGGCUGCGCGGGGCCCCGGCGGGGGCGGCCGGAGCCACCAGCCCCGCGGGGACAGCCCGGGUGACAAAGCGGGGUCCCCAGCCUGUGUCCCAGCCCCGCACAGCGGCGGGCAGCGAGGCCAUGGCGAUGCUCCUGGAGCCCGGGAUGCAGAGCCUGCGGAUGGGUGCCAACGGUGAGCGGUGCCCGACGCCGUCCCCGUCCCCGCCGGGCUCCCCGGGGACGCCCCACGACAGCUGCAGCAUCGCCCCAUUGACGCCCUCCCAGUCACCGCGGAGCGAGGCGCGCUCCCGGCAGAGCCCGUCCUUCUCCGUGGUGGUGGCCAUCGACUUCGGCACCACCUCCAGCGGUUACGCCUUCAGCUUCACCAGCGACCCCGAGGCCAUCCACAUGAUGAGGAAAUGGGAAGGGGGGGACCCGGGCGUGGCCAACCAGAAGACCCCCACCAGCCUCCUGCUGACCCCGGAGGGGACAUUCCACAGCUUCGGCUACACCGCCCGCGAUUACUACCACGACCUGGACCCCGAGGAGGCCCGCGAGUGGUUCUACUUCGAGAAGUUUAAGAUGAAGAUCCACAGCACCAGCGAUCUGACCAUGAAAACCGAGCUGGAAGCUGUCAAUGGGAAGAAGAUGCCGGCGCUGGAGGUGUUCGCCCACGCGCUGCGCUUCUUCAAGCAGCACGCGGUGCAGGAGCUGAAGGACCAGUGCCCGUCCCUGCCCGAGAGCGACGCCAUCCGCUGGGUCCUCACUGUGCCGGCCAUCUGGAAGCAGCCGGCCAAGCAGUUCAUGCGGGAAGCGGCCUACAAGGCCGGGCUGGUGUCCCCGGAGACGCCGGAGCAGCUGCUGAUCGCGCUGGAGCCCGAGGCCGCCUCCAUCUACUGCCGCAAGCUGCGGCUGCACCAGCUGAUCGAGCUGAGCUGCCGCGCCCCGGCCAACGGCGCCGAGCCCCCGCACGCCAUCGACUCCAGCUUCCGGCAGGCCCGGGAGCAGCUCCGGCGAUCUCGGCACAGCCGCACCUUCCUGGUGGAGUCGGGAGUGGGCGAGCUCUGGUCGGAGAUGCAGGCAGGUGACAGGUACAUCGUGGCCGAUUGUGGCGGGGGGACGGUGGAUUUGACCGUGCACCAGAUCGAGAAGCCGCAGGGGACGCUGAAGGAGCUCUACAAAGCCUCGGGAGGUCCCUAUGGGGCCGUGGGCGUGGACCUGGCCUUCGAGAAGCUCCUGUGCCACAUCUUCGGGGAGGACUUCAUCGCCACCUUCAAGGCCAGGCGUCCGGCGGCCUGGGUGGACCUGACCAUUGCCUUCGAGGCGCGGAAGCGCGCGGCCGCCCCGAGCCGCUCCAGCCCCCUCAACAUCUCCCUGCCCUUCUCCUUCAUCGACUUCUACCGCAAGCACCGCGGCCACAACGUCGAGACCGCGCUGCGCAAGAGCAAUGUCAACCUGGUGAAGUGGUCGUCCCAAGGGAUGCUGCGGAUGUCCCCCGAGGCCAUGAACGAGCUGUUCCAGCCAACCAUCACCCACAUCAUCCAGCACAUCGACGCCCUCCUGCAGAAACCCGAGGUCCAAGGCAUCAAAUUCCUCUUCCUGGUGGGCGGCUUCGCCGAGUCGGCCAUGCUGCAGCGGGCGGUGCAGGCCGCCUUCGGCCACCGCUGCCGCGUCAUCGUCCCGCAGGACGUGGGGCUGACCAUCCUCAAGGGGGCCGUGCUCUUCGGCCUGGACCCCGGCGUGGUGCGCGUGCGCCGCUCCCCGCUCACCUACGGCGUGGGCGUCCUCAACAAGUUCGUGGAGGGGAAGCACCCGCGGGAGAAGCUGCUGGUCAAGGAGGGCAAGAACUGGUGCACCGACAUCUUCGAGAAGUUCGUGACCGUGGACCAGUCGGUGGCCUUGGGCGAGGUGGUGCAGCGGAGCUACUGCCCGGCCCGGCCCGGCCAGCGCCGCACCAUCAUCAACAUCUACUGCUGCGACACCGACGACGUGGUGUACAUCACCGACCCCGGCGUCAGGAAGUGCGGCACCAUCAGCCUGGAGCUGGGGGACGCGGGGGACGCGGGGCCGGCGCGGGGCCGGCGCGAGAUCCGUGCCAGCAUGCAGUUCGGGGACACCGAGAUCAAGGUGACGGCGCUGGAUACGUGCACGGCGCGCAGCGUCAGGGCCACCAUCGACUUCCUGUCCAACUGAGGGGGUCCUGGAGAUGCCACCAUCAACUUCCUGUCCAACUGAGACCACCCAAGAUGUGCCACCAUCGACUUCCUGUCCAACUGAGGGGGUCCUGGAGAUGCCACCAUCAACUUCCUGUCCAACUGAGACCACCCAAGAUGUGCCACCAUCGGCUUCCUGUCCAUCUGAGGGGUCCUGGAGAUGCCACCAUCAACUUCCUGUCCAAGUGAGACCACCCAGGACGUGUCACCAUACACUUCCUGUCCAUCUGAGGGACACUCGAGAUGCCACCAUCGACUUCCCAUCCAACUGAGGGGUCCUGGAGAUGCCACCAUCAACUUCCUGUCCAAGUGAGACCACCCAGGAUGUGCCACCAUCAGCUUCCUGUCCAUCUGACGGGUCCUGGAGAUGCCACCAUUGACUUCCCGUCCAACUGAGACUACCCAGGAUGUGCCACCAUUGACUUCCUGCCCAGUUGAGGGGCCCCUGAGACGUGCCACCAUCGACUUCCUGUCCAAGUGAGACCACCCAGGAUGUGCCACCAUCAACUUCCUGUCCAACUGAGGGACACUCGAGAUGCCACCAUCGACUUCCUAUCCAUCUGAGGGGCCCUGGAGAUGCCACUGUUGACUUCCUGUCCAACUGAGACCACCCAGGACAUGCCACCAUCGAGUUCCUGUGCAUCUGACAGGCACUCGAGAUGCCACCAUCGACUUCCCGUCCAGCUGAGAGUCUCUGCCACUGUGGGGACAUUCCUGGCACCUGCCACCAUCGACUUCAUCUCCACCUGACCCCCUGUCACUGCAGGGACACCCCUGGGACCUGCCAUCAUCAAAUUCCUGUCUGACUGAGGGGCUCUGGCACUGUGGGGACAUCCCUGGAAUCUGCCACCAUUGACUUCCCGUCCAGCUGAGACCCUCCUGGAGAUGCCACCAUGGAUUUAAUCUCCACCUGAGGGACCCUAUCACUGUGGGGACACACCUGGGAGAUGCCACCAUCAACUUUCUGUCCAACUGAGACCUUCCUGGAGACUCCACCAUUGAAUUAAUCUCCACCUGAGGUCCCCUGUCAUCAUGGGGACAUCCAUGGGACCUACCACCAUCGACUUCCUGUUUGACUGAGGGGCUCUGGCACUGUGGGGACAUUCCUGGGACCUGCCACCAUCGACUUCCUGUUUGACUGAGGGGCUCUGGCACUGUGGGGACAUUCCUGGGACCUGC